AGAUCUUGCUUUCUGGGUUGUGGAUUUUGGUGGGUCUUUCCUUCACAUAAAAACUUCCAUCUUCCCAACCCCUUUUUUCCCACUUCAAUUCUCUCUAAACCCCCAUCUUUUCUGCUUCCAAUCUCUUCAUUUUCUUUGAAAUCUGUCAUCUUCUUCAUAUGGGUGUUGCAGCAGAUUCACAGUUUCAUGUUCUUGCUGUUGAUGACAGCAUCAUUGAUAGAAAACUGAUUGAAAGAUUGCUCAAAACCUCAUCUUUUCAAGUUACCACUGUGGAUUCUGGAAGUAAAGCUUUGGAAUUUCUUGGAUUACAUGAAGAAGAUGAAGACAUGAACUCCAAUCAACCCUCUGUGUCUCCCAAUAUUCAUCAGGAAGUAGAAGUGAAUCUAAUAAUCACGGAUUAUUGUAUGCCUGGAAUGACGGGCUAUGAUUUGCUCAAGAAAGUUAAGAAUUCUUCGUCUCUAAAGGACAUACCCGUGGUCAUUAUGUCAUCGGAAAACGUUCCUUCGAGGAUCAACAGAUGUUUAGAAGAAGGAGCAGAUGAAUUUUUCUUGAAACCGGUGAGAUUAUCGGAUGUAAAUAAAUUGAAACCCCAUAUGAUGCGAAUGAAAAUAAAAGAAACCGAUCAUCAAGAACAGAAUCAAGAAUCGAAAACCCGAGAUAAAGAAGAAGAAAUUGAAUCACAACAACAAUCAAACGGGAACAAGAGAAAAUCCAUGGAAGAAGAGAUAUUACGAGACAAAACAAAACCCAGAUUCAAUGGUGGCCAUACUGUAGAUUUGACUAAUUUUGACUUUUUUUUUUCUUUUCCUUCCAAUUUUGUUGUCUGAUUUUUACUUUUUUUUUCUUGACCUAAUUUUUUUUUUUUACAUUCGAGUUACAAAAAUGGUUGUAAAGAGCAAUGUAAGAAAGCAUUUCAAUCAAGAUUUAUACAUAGUUUUACUUGAACAUAACAACAUCAUUAAUUCAAGUGAA